AUGUCUUCUUUCUCUAUUGUUCCGUCGCCUAAGGUCUCUGACACUGUUGUAGAACCCUACAACGCAACUCUUUCUGUUCAUCAACUUAUUGAGAACACUGACGCGACUUACUGCAUCGACAACGAGGCUCUGUAUGAUAUAUGCUUCCGUACUCUGAAGCUUCGAAAUCCAACAUACGGAGAUUUGAAUCAUCUUGUAGCCUUAACCAUGUCUGGAGUGACUACUUGCCUUCGCUUCCCAGGCCAAUUGAACGCUGAUCUUCGCAAAUUGGCUGUCAACAUGGUUCCAUACCCGCGUCUCCACUUCUUCAUGCCUGGUUUCGCUCCACUUUCGGCUAAGGGCGCAGCUGUCUACCAGGCCCAAAAUGUUGCUGAAUUGACCAAGCAAAUGUUCGAUGCUAAGAACAUGAUGGCUGCUUGUGAUCCACGUCAUGGACGUUAUUUGACUGUUGCUGGAAUCUUCCGUGGACGCAUGUCAAUGAGUGAAGUCGACGAUCAAAUGAUGUCAUUCCAAAACAAGAAUUCGUCAUACUUUGUUAAAUGGAUUCCAAACAACGUUAAGACUGCGGUUUGUGACAUUCCUCCACGUGCUCUCAAAAUGUCUGCUACGGCUAUUAUAAACUCCACGGCCAUUCAAGAACUGUUCAAACGCAUCUCUGAGCAAUUCACUGCCAUGUUCCGUCGCAAAGCCUACCUUCACUGUUACACUGGCGAAGGUAUGGAUGAGAUGGAAUUCACUCAAGCCGAGUCCAACAUGAACGACUUGAUUUCUGAAUACCAGCAAUAUCAAGAUGCGACAGUUGAUGAUGAAGAUGAUUAUGAAGCUGAUGAGAAUCCUCCAGAUUCACCAGAAUCGGGUGAAUUGAGAAUUGAGGAGGAACGUCGCCAGGUCUGUUUUUUUAAAUUUGACCAAUCCAAAUCCGCUAAUAUUGUAUGA